AUGGCUACAUAUUUCCAAAAUUUAAGCAACCAAAACUUAUUGAACCCCUCCUAUGCAGGGGAUGAAAAACUUGCUUCUUAUCCUGAACCCUCCGCCAACAUGAUGAUGUAUCUGAAUCAAGCUUCAUAUGCUGCUGGAUCCUACUCUGAAGUCUUGUCCGGCGGCUCUUUCUCUCCUCACAAAUAUGCUGAUUCUGAUGGUGGCAGGAAUGAAAUGAUGUUUAUUCCACCUACAAGUGACCAAGCCCGAGAUUGUGUAACUGGGGAUUCUUUGAUUGGUAAACAUAAUAUUCAGGAUCAUGGGUUAUCUCUUAGCCUUGCCUCCACACAAAUUCCACCUGCUGUUUCCCUGCCUUCAUUUCAGUACCAGUAUCCAAAUCCAAGUCUCUCUUCGGUUUUGAGCACCUCUCCAAUGUUAGGGAAGGGGGAAAUUUACCGUAAAGGUGAUGAGUACAAUCAAAGUGAGGAGUUUAAGAACUUUGAAAGCUUGACAUCUGGCUUCUAUGGAGGUGGUGGCCAUGAGACUGUCAAAACGCAGAGUUUGUACAAUCCUAUGUGCUCAGUGGGAUCCAAAGAAAUGCAUUCCGAAGCAUACUUGUAUGACUCAUUAGGUUCCGCUAGCACUAUGUUAAGCUCCAAGUACCUCAAGGCGGCACAACAGUUGCUUGAUGAAGUGGUAAAUGUCCGAAAGGCACUGAAGCAGUCUCGAUUGAACAAGCAUCAAAACUCUAAGCGGAUUGGAUUUGAUGGUUCCAAAGAGGCUGAUGGGAAUGAUCAACAUUUAACAAGGUCAUCGGAUCCUAGUGAAUCAAGUACCAUCUCUACUCUGGAGCUAUCACCAGCAGAACGGCAGGAUUUGCAGAACAAGAAGACCAAACUUUUGUCCAUGUUGGAUGAGGUAGAUAGAAGAUAUAAACAAUAUUACCAGCAAAUGCAAGUUGUGGUGUCAUAUUUUGACAAGGUGGCUGGGAAUGGGGCUGCUGGACCAUACACUGCACUUGCUCUCCAAGCAAUUUCCCGUCACUUCCGCAGUUUGCGUGAUGCAAUCAAAGGCCAAAUUCAAGUGACACGGAAAAGACUGGGAGAGCAAGAUUCUUCAUCAGAUGGUCAAGGAGGAGUAAUACCCCGCCUUCGCUACGUGGACCAGCAGCUCAGACAGCAGAGGGCAUUUCAGCAGCUUGGCGGAAUACAGCAUGCUUGGAGGCCUCAAAGAGGACUUCCGGAAAGCUCUGUUGCAAUCCUUCGUGCUUGGCUGUUUGAGCAUUUCCUUCUUCCUUACCCAAAGGAUUCAGAAAAAGUUAUGCUAGCAAGGCAGACAGGGUUAACCAGAAACCAGGUUGCCAACUGGUUUAUCAAUGCAAGGGUACGUCUUUGGAAGCCCAUGAUUGAGGAGAUGUACAAAGAAGAAUUCGGUGAUUUGGACAUGGAUUCGAAAUCUUCACCAGAAAAUGUGCUAAAGGAAGAAGCAAGAGCUGAAUUCUCAGCAUCUGAGGACAGGAAAGAGGAGUUGCAGGAAAGCAUGAUAUCUGCAACUGCUGAUAGUAAUGAACCAGGGCAAGUGCAGAAGUCUGGUCACAGUCUCAACCAUAAUGCUGUUGCCACAUAUGACAUAUCGGGGUUGGAUCAAUUUGCAGUCGGCAGCAAUGAGUUGUCACUUGCAUUGAAUUUGAGGCAUUGCGAAGAACAUGAUGGAUUUCCUUCAUCUACUGGAUCCCAUGUAAGAGUUCAUGACGACGCAGCAGCUUCUUUGGAUUGUCAUUAUGAGGAUCCAGAGCAGCAACAGUUAAUACAGGUUUGGCAAUACCCACCUGUUACAUGA